UUGUUUAAAGAUUUUAUUUAUUCAUUCAUGAAAGACACACAGAGAGAGAGGCAGAGACCCAGGCAGAGGGAGAAGCAGGCUCCAUGCAGGGAGCCCGAUGUGGGACUCGAUCCCAGGACCCCAGGAUCACGCCCUGGGCCAAAGGCAGAUGCUCAACCGCUGAGCCACCCAGGCGUGCCAAGGAACAAGUUUUGAGAGGAUCUUCAGUCCAUCCGAGGCCUGGUGGCUUGGAGGUGUUUACAGGUGAUCCAGGCACUUGGGAGAUUCCAGCCCGGCGCAGAGGGAGAGGUCAGACAAGAGGUAUCAGCCCAGGAAUCAUUGUCACAGAGAUGGUGUCUGAGGCUUGGAGGCUGCAGGAGGUCACCCAGGGUGGGAAUGGGGCGGGAUGAAGAAACUGCCAGGCCUGGAGGUAGAGGGGGGCACAGUCUUCCUGACCCCAUCCUGUCAGAUCUCCCGCUUUGACGGGCAUUCAAUCCUCGUGCGCCUCUCUGAUCACAUGGUGAGCACGCGGUUCUAUGUUGGAAGAGGUUUCCAGAGUCCUCCAGAGGGACACAUGGGAAGAGAUGGGAGGUAUGGGGCUGCGGCAGCCACCUCGCAGUCAUGAGGCGGCUGCCACAACAGUUCUAGUAGUGGGGGCCCAGGACUUGUGCAUCUGAAUGCUGAACCACACCAUGGUUCCUCCACUAAGCAUUCAGAUGGACAAGUCCUGGCUCCCCCUACUAGAACUGUUGUGACAGGGGUUGAGUUGGCAGGUUCUGUCCCCUGAAGUCCAAAGUCUCCUCACUGAUACCAGAGCGGAGUCAGCAAAGGAGUCUGAGCAAGGCUGUGAGGUGGGAGGAGAAGGGAGGGAAUGUGAGUGCGGCGCCUGACAUGGGCACCUGCCACUCAUGGAGCCCCGCGUGCCCAGCCCGGCUCCGACGUCUCCCACGUGGUGACCUGCUGAGUCCCAGCACCAGCAUCUCUGAAGUUAGGUUGCUAUAAUUAUGCUAUAUAUUGGGAAACUGAGGCACAGGGGGCCGGGAUGAACCUCUGGAAGCUCCUGCAGCCAGGAAGUGAUGGCUGGGAUAUGAGCCACGCAGCCUGUUGCUCAGUCCCGUGAACCAACCGUGUCUUUUCCAGGGGUCCAGGGAAGAGGGUCUUAACCCGGGCGCCUGACAGGCUGCUCGGGGCUACUUACCUGAGGAUGAACGGCCUUCACUGAAUUUGGCAAAGUGCAGGCAGUCAGCAAUGCUGGGCAGCGUGACCUCCCAGGGGUGGGCAGUGGCCUGAGGAGUGGGGGGCACCGAGCCCUCAAGUCACUCUCCAGAAGCUGGGCCACCGACAGGGUGGGGCCGGGGUGUUUCAUGGUUUCUUGGAGGGGAUUCUGGGACACGCAGGAAGCACGAGGAGGGGUGGCUGCAGAGCACUGGAGUGGGGCCUUCAAUGGGGUCUGGGAGGCUGGGUGACCCAGUAGAGAGGGUAGAGACUUGGGGCCCUGGGCCGUGGGGAUCCAGGUUUGGUGGUGAGCAAAGAGCUCCCGCUCCUCCUUGCCUCCAGGAGGCUGAGGGUCCCGCUGUGAAGUGGGUGGGAGGUUGGGGGCCAGAGAGGGUGCGAUCGGCGGGCUGCCAGAGCAGUUGGGCCCCCCUGGGGGCAGGAGCCCUCCAGAGUAGGGGCCAGGAGGUUGGCAGUUGGGGUGGUUUUCUCCAGACUUGCCCGUCGCCCUCUUAGAGCCCCCAGGGGACGAGGGGCCACUGCGGGACGUAGCCCGGGGCUCGGCCAGGUCGGGGUGGCCCCGGGCCCCGGAGCAGGGUGGGACCUCCGGGCCCCGCGGACAGGGGGAGGCGGCCCUCUGCUUCGGGGACAGAACAGCAGCUCGGGGGCGGAGGGCUCCCCGCGGCCCCUCCCCGCGGCCCCCGCGCGCCGAUGCGGAGCAGGAUCCCCCGCCGCCGCGGUCGGGGAUUAGCGCGGCCCGGGCCGGCGCGGCGGGAUUAGCCCGCGUGGACUCGGCGCUCGGCCCGGGGAUUACCGCGCGCUCCCCCCGACGUAUAUAUCCCCGCGGCGGCGGCGGCGGCGGCGGCGGCGGGCAUGGCGGCGGCGGGGGGCGCGGCGGGCCGCGGGGGCCCCGGGCGGCCCUGCCCCUUCUCCAUCGACCACAUCCUGUCCAGCCCGCCCGAGCGCAGCGCCGCGGCCGCCCGCGCGCCGCCGCCCGCCGGCCGCCAGAGCCCCGCGGAGCCCGGGGAGCCCGGGGCGCCCGAGGCCGCGCCCUGCGGCUGCUGCUGCUGCUGCGGACCCCGCGCGGCGCCCCGGGGACCCCCGGAGGCGGCCGCCGCGCUGGGCGCGCGGCUGCCGUGGCCGCUGAGGCUGGGCCCCGCGGCGCCCUCGCCCUUGGCGGCGGCGGCGGGAGGCUCGGGGGCGCUGCCGGGCGCGGGCGGUCCGGGCCCGCAGAGGCGCACGCGGCGCCACCGCACCAUCUUCAGCGAGGAGCAGCUGCAGGCGCUGGAGGCGCUCUUCGUGCAGAACCAGUACCCCGACGUGGGCACCCGCGAGCGCCUGGCCGGCCGCAUCCGCCUGCGCGAGGAGCGCGUGGAGGUCUGGUUCAAGAACCGCCGGGCCAAGUGGCGACACCAGAAGCGCACGUCGGCCACCUCGAGGCUCCUCCCCGGGGCCAAGAAGUCCCCGAAGGAGAGCUGCUGACGGCCUGGAAGCCGCUCGUGGGCUUGGCCGCGUC